AUGUCAAGUCGGGUUAUUACUUCGGAGAGUCCCCUAACAACCACAACUGAGUCUGGAGCUCAACCGACUCUUGUAUUGCGUUCAACCGUUGUUGACACUCACGAUGGAGGAGAACGUCGGCAUGUUAUAACGUGGGCACCAGGAACAGUUAAUAAUGAGGGUAUGGGGAAAAAGAAAUCAAAGUGCUGUUGCAUCUUUGAGAAGCCAUAUAAUUGGGAUGAUCCUUCUAGCUCUUCUUCUGAUUCAGACGAAAAUGACGAUGAUCCGAAUCCGAGAAGGUGCACCGAAAACUGUCGUGGUCACACCAAACACUGCUACACUAAAAAGUCCGCUUCUAAACAGAAGGAAGCUCAGUCUGGGUCCACCGUUGUUAUUGAAUCCGAGGAGCAACAAUAUCCUAUUACUCCCCCAGUAAAACACCAUGAUGAAUAA